AUGUGCGCUGAUAAAGCCACCUUGCAGUGGCUAAAGACACACAUUGGAGAGAUACAUCUAUGGGAGGGUGCCACACUGAGACUUGUAGACGGAGAAGAAAUUCGUCACACCGAGCUCUUUACGACGUACCUUCACGGAAGUAAAUAUUACUCCGCGGAAAAAAUUCUAGGCCUAAUAGAGACUCAAAACAGCCUCCAUGCCUACGCAUGGAGAAUAAUAAAUAGGUCUAUGAGUGGAGCCGUGGAGAUCCUAAACUUUUCGGUAGAUAGCCAAUCAGCCGAAAAGCUAAAAACUAUGGGGUAUACGAUCAACUAUAGAUAUGGUCGUACGGUCAUUCGAAAAAGAGUGACAGAAAAGAAGCCACAACAAGCGGGUCUGAAAAAACCCACAACAAGCGGGUCUCAAAAACCCGCAACAAACAGGUCUCAAAAAUUCCUAACAAGCGGAUCUCAAAAACCCCACAGGGGGAUCUAA